AAUAAAAUGGCCCCUUCAGCCACUCCCGCCCCAAGCACCCCAGCUCCUCUCCCUGCAAAUUUCUCCCAAGCACAAGCUAAGAAGGCCGUAGAUGCAUUGUUGAAUCAUCACGAAAAGGUAGCAGCUGAGAAAGAGAAGACCGAAUUGGUGCCUAGAGAAGAACAUGUUUGGCUGGUGGUCAAUACCAAGAGAGGUAGUACGAGGAAGAGGUUGAUGCCUGUCAGAGUACAAUUACCUCAUCCUCCUCUUCCCCCUCCUCCAGCCUCCUCAGUCUGUCUCAUCUCCAAAUCUCCCCAAAGAACGUACAAAGACCUUUUGUCCGAUAACAAGAUCAAAUUUAUAAAUCGUGUCGUGGGCGUCGAAAAGCUCAAAGGCAAAUUUAAACCGUUUGAACCCCGUAGACAAUUGUUGAAAGAGCAUGAUAUGUUCUUAUGUGAUGAGGCCGUUCUGGAUAUGAUGCCGGGUUUAUUGGGGAAGAUGUUUUUUCAAGCUAAAAAACAACCCAUACCCGUCAAUAUGAAACGUAAAGAUCUUCGAACCGAACUCGCUCGAGCCAUCUCAUCAACUUACUUCCACCCUACCACCGGAACCUCGACCUCUACACGUAUUGCCACACCUGGAGUUACCUCCGCUUCCCAGACAUUGGAAAACCUCUUAGAGGCUAUUCCGCGGGUGGUGGGUUUGAUACCUGACGCAUGGGACAAUGUUCUGUCUAUAGGGAUCAAAACGAGUGAAUCGGUAUUGCUACCCGUCUGGAAUGCGAAAUUGGAUGAGAGAUUUAAGAAUGGGAAGAAAGAAGAGGGGGAUGUGGCUAUGGAGGAAUCGGAUGUUGAGUUGGAGUCAGAGAAGGUGAACACUAAGGGAAGCAGUAAAUUGACAUUGGAGAAAGGCGCGGAUAAGGUCAAUUUGAAAGAGGAUAAGAAAGGGAAAGAUAAGACGAGUAAAGCGGACAAAUUGGCAGGUAAAGGUGAAGGCAAGAAGGUAUCUUCCGGAACGAAGAAAUCCAAGACUUCCGCUAUAGGGGUUUUGUAGACUCGGUUCAACAUUCAUCUUACUUCCCCAUUCCACCUUUUGACCUCCUUGUUAUACAAAUCAACAAUCAUCGGGGAUCUCUUACACAGUUUGAGAAUUUGAGAUAUUAUGUUGAUAUGCAUCGGAUGUGGC